AGUGGCUAGAGUCAGGGCAGAGCGUGAGGGCAGCCGGUACCGGCGGCCUUCCUUACAGCCCGGCGGGAGCGCCGAGCCGAACAACGCUAACUGGACUCUCCAACGGGUCCCAAUCCCAAGGCUGCAGCAGUUUUGGUUCCGAGCCUGACCGGAACGGAGUCGGAGUCCAGAACCCUAAGGGGGGGAUAGCUCUCUGCAGACGAGUGGGACCCCGAAACUUGAACGCAAUACUCCCCCCCUUUUUUAUGCCUUCCUUUGUCACUUUUCCACCUUUUCCCAGCGCGUUCAUUUUUUUUUCUUCAUUCUUCCUAAGGAUACAAAAGUGGCUUCCUGCGAAAGAUUUGGAGGUGCUGGGAGCUCUUCUCUUUGGAGAGCGACUGUGUAGAAGGGAUUUUUGGGAAGCCGCUUUUUAACACCUUUGCCCUCCGCCCUGCAAGCCUCUCUUUACUUCUUUGAGGAGCCCAUAGAUUGAAAAUUCGGGGGGCAUUUGGCUGGGCACUGUAGAAGAGAGACGGGGAGGACCCCGUCCUCGUCCUGGUAAUUGCCUGGACUUGUACCUGCCGUUGGAAACCCCGAAGUACAUUUCCGUGUAGAUUUUUACAGAUACAUAUUUUUAGAUUUUUAAAUAUCAGAUAAAAAUUAUAUGCUUUCUAUAUAUUUCCUGACGACUUGCCCCUGACAACGAGAUGUACAAUACGGUGUGGAGUAUGGACCGCGAUGACGCAGACUGGAGGGAGGUGAUGAUGCCCUAUUCGACAGAACUGAUAUUUUAUAUUGAAAUGGAUCCUCCAGCUCUUCCACCAAAACCACCUAAGCCAACGACUUCAGCUGUUACAAAUGGAAUGAAGGACGGUUCUGUUUCUCUUCAGGAUGCAGAAUGGUACUGGGGGGAUAUUUCAAGGGAGGAGGUAAAUGACAAAUUACGGGACAUGCCGGAUGGUACCUUCUUGGUUAGAGAUGCCUCAACAAAAAUGCAGGGAGAUUAUACUUUGACUUUGCGGAAGGGAGGCAAUAAUAAGUUAAUAAAGAUCUAUCAUCGAGAUGGUAAAUAUGGCUUUUCUGAUCCUCUGACAUUUAAUUCUGUGGUGGAGCUCAUUAACCACUAUCACCAUGAAUCUCUUGCUCAGUACAAUCCCAAACUCGAUGUGAAGCUGAUGUAUCCAGUGUCCAAAUACCAACAGGAUCAGUUGGUAAAAGAAGACAACAUUGAUGCAGUAGGUAAAAAACUGCAAGAGUAUCACUCUCAGUAUCAGGAAAAGAGUAAAGAGUAUGACAGGCUAUAUGAAGAAUAUACCAGAACAUCCCAGGAAAUACAGAUGAAGCGGACUGCAAUUGAAGCUUUUAAUGAAACAAUUAAAAUAUUCGAAGAGCAGUGUCACACACAAGAACAAUAUAGCAAAGAAUAUAUCGAGCGAUUUCGCAGAGAGGGGAAUGAAAAGGAAAUUGAACGAAUUAUGAUGAAUUAUGACAAAUUGAAAUCACGUCUGGGUGAGAUUCAUGAUAGCAAAGUGCGUCUAGAGCAGGAUUUGAAGAAACAAGCUUUGGACAACCGGGAAAUAGAUAAAAAAAUGAAUAGCAUCAAACCUGACCUGAUCCAGCUGCGUAAGAUUCGAGAUCAGCACCUUGUGUGGCUCAAUCACAAAGGAGUGAGACAGAAGCGCCUGAAUGCCUGGCUGGGAAUCAAGAAUGAGGACGCUGACGAGACCUAUUUUAUCAAUGAGGAAGAUGAAAACCUGCCCCAUUAUGAUGAGAAAACCUGGUUUGUUGAGGAUAUCAAUCGAGUACAAGCAGAGGACUUGCUUUAUGGGAAACCUGAUGGUGCAUUCUUAAUUCGUGAGAGUAGCAAGAAAGGAUGUUAUGCUUGCUCUGUGGUUGCCGAUGGGGAAGUGAAGCACUGUGUGAUCUACAGCACUGCGCGGGGCUAUGGCUUCGCAGAGCCCUACAACCUGUACAGCUCCCUGAAGGAGCUGGUGCUGCAUUACCAGCAGACGUCCCUCGUCCAGCACAACGACUCCCUCAACGUCAGGCUUGCCUACCCUGUUCACGCACAGAUGCCCUCGCUCUGCAGAUAAAGCGGGAGUGGGAAGAGAGGUGGCUCUCUAGCAUUUUUUCUACAGUUUUUAUUAGACUACGAGGGCAUUCUUUCUACGUAGACUGCUCGUUUUGCACAAGAAGUGAUUCUGUGAAUGUGAAGUGGAGAGGCCGAGCAGCAAUCGGCCAGGAAGGGGCGUAAGGGGCCUGAGGUUCUCUGCGACUCAGCCGCGCCGCUGCACUGACAUAGGAAGCUGGAAGCAGAGGUUGUUUUUUGGGAAGUCUGUUUCAUUGGGAUUUUUGUUUUGUUUAGCCAGACACCCUCAGCAGAACACAUUAGGCUUGGUGGGGUCAGGGGCUGUAUCUGGAAGCCUCUGAAGAGUCCAUGUCCUCUUUUGGUCUUCAACUCUGGGAAUUCGGCAGGGGCAUGGCUCUGUGGGGAGUUGUUUUUAUCUGGCAGUCUCUCUUAACUUCUUCCAAAAGAGAAGGCUGUUUUGGUUCUGUGGUAGAAUGGCAUUUGGUGAAAAAGACAACCAAAGGAAAAUGGAGAGGCUUGGGAUUUUAUUUACGGACUCUGUCAAGUGGGUAAAAAACCUGCAACUGAAGGUACCGUAUUUCUUAACUGACAUAACUUAGGCAUUAGCAUCUCAUAGUCCCUCUCUCUAAAGAAGCAUUGUUUAGAAACCAAAUUAAUCCCAGCAAAACAAUGUUUGUUGCCAGACUAAGUAAGGUCUGAUGGACGAAGGUGGCACUAGUGUCUGAAUGCACACUUUACCAAAACUUGAAAAUAAAAAGAAAACUAGAAUUUGUUAGUUUUUAGCAAAUACUAAAAUUGGUCAGUGUAACUCCUUCUGCCCGGCCCUCAUUUCUCAGACAUGAGAAUAGUGUUCUUUUUGUGGGCAUGGUGAGCUUUGAAUCAUAAAAUGAAGUUGGUGCUUGUAUGGUGUUUUCUUAGCCUAAAGAAUGAUCUGUUGUUUGAAACCUUUGUAACUUGUUUGUAUGAGUAAAGAAAAGGUGCAAUCUAGUGCUUUUAGAUGGCUUGAUAUACCAAAUAAUGAUAUAGAACAAAAUUCUUAUAUGUGCUUCCCAAGUUUAAAGUCCCUGCAGAAACAGUGAACACGGUUUAAUUACUCUUCAUCCCCUGUCCUUCGUUGGAUAGGGCUUAGGGGAGUCCAACAGGUUGCUGAGGCUGUAGCAGGAAGGGAGCCAGCCAGAGUGUGGUCAGGGACCUCGGUAAAUCACAGACCCGGAGGCUCUGGUGUCCAGAGCAAAGGUCAGACCACAUUACCCAUGUGCUUCCAUACAGCGGUUUCUGAAACUUUUGCAAGGAGAGGAAAGGAUGGUUUGGAGUUUAUACUGUUCAUAGAAACCAUCUGGAAGCUUUUCUCUUUGCCUUUUUUGUGAUCCUGCCAUUAAGAUGAUGUGCACAGACUGUCCUGAUUCGAGGCCAGGAAUCUUCUGCUCCACGUGGUUUAAGCCUUCCAGCUGAGGGAAGCGAGGCCAGUGGAGCUGGAGGCAGCAUCCCCUCCUCCCUCCAUUACGUCCCACCCCCAUCAGUCAACACUCGUUUGACAAAUAGAGUCCAGCUGCCUCUGAGCCAGUCCUGGAACCAUAAUGGGCUCAGAGUGAGUCAGCUGUUUGAGUCCAAAGCUGUGCAGCCAGGCAUCUGGCUGAGCUAGACAGGAAGCCAGUAUCUGGGUCUUGAUACACAAGGCUUGCAGCUAGGAAAGUUCUGGUGUGGGGAUGAAGGAAACAAAUGGUGCUUUCCCCGAACACUUAUGUUGGUGACAGGGCCUAGAAUGGACCAUGACGUAGAAAUAGAUAUAGAUGAAAAGUUUUGGAAAAACCUCCAGAGUUACUAACAAAGAGGAUAGGAAGGAAAGGGCAUAUCUUUGGCUUUUCCUUGGUUACGCUGAAAUUUCAGGAUUGGGUGAGGCAAACAAAUGAACCCCCUUCCAGUGUCACUGUUCUGACGUAAGCCCUUCAUGAACAGCCAGCCAGCUGCACAUCCCUUCCCCAAAUUGCCGGAUGGACAUCUUGCUGAAAGUGUCACUGAGCAGUGGCCAGCUGAUUGCUUCUGGGCACACCCUGAUGGCCUUGCACCAGGUGUGGAACCUGUGUAAGCGUUGGAUGCUCGAGAUUGGGUGCAAGGAAUCCCUCCUUUCUGGUACGAAAAUUUAGCGUUCUGAAUGUCUUAAAUGAAAAUGGGACUAAGGAUACACACCUGUAACGCUGAACUGUCUGUUGCUCCUUGUCAGGCAGACAUUAAGGGCGUGCCGGGAGAGCUAGCACCAUGUUUGUUACCUACAUUGGGCUGGCUUGUGGAAAAGGGCGGCUCUUUUUUAGCUGUACAUUCCUUCACUUUUUGUUUCUUUCCUGUUUUUCAUUCUUGAAUUUGUUGCUUUAUGGGAAGACCUAGGGAUCAUUUGAAAAUUUGAAAAGUAUUCUUUCUGACUAGUUGCCACAUGAUUUGCUUGAUCCUGAGUCAGUGGAAAUGGCUCACGGAGCCGUCUGCUAACCACUUGUUGGGGCAGUAUGCUGCUGCUUUCCUCCACGGUCUUGGCAGCAAGUCCUGGCCUCCUUCAUCCGAGUCUAACUCUGUGCCCUGUCCCAUGACCUGGGCCCUGGACUCUCUCGGCAUCUUAACUGCAGCCUCAUUGAGGCAGAGGGUAAAGAGGUAGAACAAGACCAGAGGGGCCCAUUGUUUUCCUGGCUAGCGAAGCCACCUACCAACGUGACAGCAGCUUGAUGCUAAACCUUGGCCAUGGCUCAGGCCUGUAUAAGGAGGUAGCUGUGUUCUUAUCACUGAUUUGGCCAAGGUUGAGGACUUCCUACUAACUCCCCUACCCCACCCAUCUCCUCUCUAAGCCCUGAUGAGCCCUACCACUUAUUUUGGGCUUCAUAUGUUCUGAAGAAGCUUUUUUGAGAGCCAGUGUGGUGUCUUCCAUGGGUCUCCUCUUCUUGCUGCAAGGAACCAGCCUCAUGGGUCUUCUUGAGCCAAGAAUGCAUCUGGGCAAUUCCUGGUUUUCAAGGUGGUCUCUGUUGCCAGUUAAGACUCCAGAGUUGUCCUCUGUGAGGCUUCAGUGGCCACAAAGCAGAGGGCUCAGAUGGGGGCCUGGCUGGACCCUCUGCUUCCAACUGCUCAGCCUUGCUCCAGCUCCAGCCACUUGUGACAAACAACCUUGUUUCCUUACAAAUUCCAGCAUGUGACUUUGGUGCCCUGUUGUUACUUGUGAAAAACUUAUUCUUCUGUUGUCUUUGAUGUAGUCAAAAUUCAUGUAGUUUACGUAAAAAUAUCUGAUUCACAAGGAAGCCAACUAUACGUCUUGUGUUGGGACAGUUCAUAAUGUAGUUCCUAGACCACUUUUGCAAAUUGUUCUUGUCACCAGAUGUGUUCAGACAUUGCUGUGCAGUUGUGGGGGUGGGGUGGGG